GUCCCACGGAAUAACGAAAAUGGUGCGGUAGUUCCGUCCCCGUGUUCUUCAUCAAUUUCGGUUGGGCACUUCCAGGUGGAUUUCUUCAAUGUGUCGACGUCACCAUUCUUUCAUGAUUGUUGACAAGUGCUCGUCUUUUGACCAAAAGGACUCUGACGUAUUCAAGGCUUCAUCACCCUGUAUCGAACGGAUUGGGACUACCGCUCCUUCCGACAUCAAGGUACUGCAUUCACCACCCCCAUCUCAGCAAUAUACAAAUUGCAAAGAAAAUGUGGAUGGUAUCCAUUCUCCCUCCACCAAUAUGGCUUUCUGUCAAGAUGAUGCCGCUGAGGUUGGCAUCCUGAGAAGGAAACAGAAAAGACCCACAAUCGCUGCAUUCCAACCUAAGGAUGUCAAUUGGAUACCGGCGCCUUUGCCGUCGUCACCAGCACUCGUUGUGGUUUCUACUACACCAGUUUUACCUCGACCACGGCUUUCAGCAAUGCAGCAUGGUCAUGUCUCUGUGUCACGAAUCUUCAAGCCCGGUGACUCAGAAUACCGCAAUAAGAGCCUCUAUGCCUCUCCUCUGAACGGCGCCCGCGCCCGCAUCCGAGCAUGGAUAUGAGAGCCGAUUUGCCAUUUGCCCAUCCUUCUUUGAAACUUGGUGAUAAAAAAGUGUUUUUUAUGUUGUCCUGCGUUGCAAUAUUGUUUCUGGUCAAUGACGCAUAGAAUCUUGACGGAACCUCGGCCUGCCAUUCUGCCCGACAUAAGUUGACAUCUGGCAGUGCCCUGCCACGUGGUAGAAUGAAAAAGUUUUGCCCAAGAUGGUCCUCAAAGCCUCAGUUUUUUGAACGGAAAGAUUUGCUGGCGAGCGUACUAAAGAGCAUGUAUGGCUACAAGUGAACAAGGUUGCAGCAACACUGAGUAAGGCAGGAUAUAACGCAUGAUGAGCGCGAACAUGUGCAGAAGUACUGGUCAAUUGAAGAGAAAGAAACCUAUAAUGUGUCGCAUGUAAUUCGUAGCCAACCU